ACUACACUUAAAAUUUACAGAUACUCUACAUAGAACAGAGUGUUGGAGCGCGCAAUCCAUUAAUUCCUUAUUUUACCACAAGUUGAGCGCAUCUUUCCAUUUUUUCUGACAUGUAAACUUGCGGUAAUUGUUGGACAGUUUCCCAGAAUUCACCGCAGCUCACGCGGUGUCCAUGGCAACGGAGCAUGUAAACCGUCAGCAAACCAUAUUCGACGGUUCAGUUCUUUUCGCCCAUCAGUCCUUUUUCAGAGACCACGUAUUGUCCUUAAGUUAUACUAAAUAAUGGAAAGAGAUUACUAUAUCGAUCUGGAAAUUAACCGAACCGCAACAGACGCAGACAUCAAAAACGCGUACCGGAGACUUGCGCUGCAGUUCCACCCGCACACGAACAGCGGCCCGGGCUCCUCCGAGCGCUUCCUGCAGGUGGCCGAAUCCUACGAGGUGCUGAGUGACCCUAGGAAGAAAGCCACGUAUGACAAGUUCGGUGAGGACGGUCUAAAAGGAGGAAUUCCGUGUGAUUAUGGUGGCAAUGGUGCGUGGACGGAAGGGUACACCUACCAUGGCAACCCAGAGAAAACCUUUCGACAAUUUUUUGGAGGGGACAACCCUUUUGCAGAUUUUCACACUCAAGACGGGAGUGAGGUCAGCAUUGAAUUUGGAAGCCUGCAGGACCUUGGGGUGAAGAAGCAAGAUCCAGCCAUCGAGAGAGACCUGCACCUGGCUCUCGAGGACCUGUUUUAUGGGUGCACUAAAAAAAUGAAGAUAUCCCGACGGAUUAUGAACGAGGAUGGACACACAUCGAGUAUUAAAGACAAAAUUCUAAGCAUUGACGUAAAACCAGGCUGGAGGCAGGGGACAAGGAUAAAGUUUGAAAAAGAGGGGGACCAGGGACCCAACUGCAUCCCGGCCGACAUUGUGUUCAUCGUGCAGGAGAAGGCUCACCCGUGGUUCUCACGGCAACAGGAUGACCUUAUUUACACAUCUCAUAUUGACCUGGAGAAGGCCCUCACUGGAUUCUCGAUAGAAGUAGAGACACUAGAUGGCAGGCUCGUCAAUGUUCCCGUCAACGACAUAGUACACCCAAAGUACACAAAAGUUGUGCCUGGUGAAGGAAUGCCUGUGUCUGGAGACCCUAGCCAACGAGGAAACCUCAUCAUCCAGUUUGAGAUCCAUUUUCCAGAGAAGCUCUCUGCUGAGAGCAAGCGUCUGCUCAGGCAAGCCCUUGCCCAGUAAUUGCAGGGGUCAGG